AUGGAAGUAAACCAACAAGACGAUGACCCCCGUCGUUCUCCGGGGGGGGACAAGAUUAUUAUCGUCGAUAAUGAGAAAGAAGAGACACGCUACCCCGCAGCACCCGCCGCCCUCCCCCCCUCUCAUUUGAGUUUUGGGACGCGGCGAGUGGGCGGUGCGGUGAGGCUUGAGGAGGAGGAAGAGGAGGAAGAGGAGAAGGAGGAGAAGGAGAAGAAGGAUGAGAAGAAAGGGGAAGAGAUGGAUGAGAGUGGUGUGAAUACCGUGGAUUUUUCUGUAAUGUUUUGA